CCGGUACCACGCAUGCGCGGGAGACGUCACUUCUGCUAAAACGGUUUGUUUACGAUGGUUGCUGUUUUUUCUUUUUCUGUGACAGACCAUGGCCUCAGAAAGACGCACCCGCUGAAUUUGGACAGCCAUAGCAUAGCUGGAGUUGAGUGUCGCUUGAAUCUGACGUAAGCAGGGUCACAUGACACUCCCUGCUGAAAGCCAGGAAGUGUUUGGGCGGAGCUUUGAAGGGCUGAUGAAAAUAAGUGUCCAUCCACCAUGACAGCCAUCAAACACGCUCUCCAGAGGGACAUCUUCACUCCAAACGACGAGCGCCUCCUUGGCAUUGUUAAUGUGUGCAAGGCUGGGAAGAAGAAGAAGAACUGUUUCUUGUGUGCCACAGUUACCACGGAGAGACCAGUUCAGGUUAAAGUCGUAAAGGUGAAAAAAUCUGACAAAGGAGACUUUUACAAGAGACAACAAACUUGGGAGCUCAGAGAUCUGACAGUAGUAGAUGCCAAAGAUGCCAGCAAGGAAAACCCUGAAUUUGACCUGCAUUUUGAGAAGGUCUAUCGAUGGUUGGCUAGUAGUACAGCGGAGAAAAACUCCUUUAUUUCCUGCAUUUGGAAGCUGAACCAGCGUUACCUGAGGAAGAAGGUGGAGUUUGUGAAUGUCAGUUCUCAGCUGCUGGAAGAACUUCCUAAAGCGGAAGAGUCUGUGCCGAGUGGGGAGAGUCAGAGUGUUGCAGGGGGCGAUGAGGACGCUUUGGAUGACUACCAGGAGCUCAGCACCCGAGAGGAGCAGGACAUCGAGGGCAUGAUGGAGAUGUGCGAGUAUGCCAUCUCCAACGCCGAGGCUUUUGCGGAGAAGCUCUUCCAGGAGCUGCAGGUCUUAGACGGGGCCAACAUUCAGUCCAUCAUGGCGUCAGAGAAGCAGGUGAACAUCCUGAUGCAGCUGCUGGACGAGGCGCUCGGAGAGGUGGACACCAUCGAGGGCAAACUGAGCAGCUAUGAGGAGAUGCUCCAGAGCGUCAAGGAGCAGAUGGACCAGAUCUCUCAGAGCAACCGCCUCAUUCAAAUCAGCAACACUAACAACGGCAAACUGCUGGAUGAGAUCCAGUUCUUAGUGAAUUACAUGGACUUGUCCAAGGGACACAUCAGAGCUCUGCAGGAGGGAGACCUCACCUCCUCCAAAGGAAUAGAAGCCUGCAUCAAUGCCUCCGAGGCCCUUCUGCAGUGCAUGAACGUCGCCCUCCGACCAGGCCACGAAAAGCUGUUGUCUGUGAAACAGCAGCAGCAGAUGUUCACUGAUCUGAGGGACACGUUUGCCCGCCGCCUCACCAACCACCUCAACAACGUGUUUGUUCACCAGGGUCACGAUCAGAGCUCCACCUUGUCCCAACACACGGCCGAGCUGACCCUGCCCAAACACAGCCCCCUCCACAGGGACCUGCUGCGCUACGCCAAGCUCAUGGAGUGGCUGAAGAACACCCACAGGGAGAAGUAUGAGGGCCUGUCGAGGACGUAUGUGGAUUAUAUGAGUAGACUGUACGAGAGAGAAAUCAAAGAUUUCUUUGAAGUUGCCAAAAUAAAGAUGGCAGGAACGUCCAAAGAAGCAAAAAACAAGUUUGCCACGCUUCCGCGGAAAGAGAGCGCGCUCAAACAGGAGCCAGAAAGCCUGCAUGGCAGCUCUGGGAAGCUGACGGGCUCCACCUCGAGUCUGAACAAGCUCACAGUGCAGGGCUCCAACAGCCGGCGUUCCCAGUCUUCCUCGCUGCUGGAUAUGGGCAACAUGUCCGCCUCAGACCUGGACGUGGCAGACAGGACCAAGUUUGACAAGAUAUUUGAGCAGGUCCUCAGUGAGCUGGAGCCGCUGUGUCUGGCAGAGCAGGAUUUCAUCAGCAAGUUCUUUAAGCUGCAGCAGCACCAGGCGGUUAUGCCCCCUCUGGCACAGCCCGAGUCAGAGGAGUUUGACGGAAGCGCAGCAUCCAGAAUCCCUCCACAGACCGAUCACAGACACUCCUCAUCGUCAGAGAAGGACAUGGUGCGGCUGAUGAUGAAUAAAAUCUUCCAGAGCAUCGAGACGGAGCUGAACACCCUCAUUGCUCUGGGCGACAAGAUUGACAGCUUCCACUCCCUGUACAUGCUGGUGAAGAUGAGUCACCAUGUGUGGACGGCGGAGAAUGUAGACCCUGCCUCUUUCCUCAGCACCACUCUGGGAAAUGUGCUGGUCACGGUCAAGAGGAACUUUGACAAAUGCAUACUGGGUCAAAUCAGACAGAUGGAGGAGGUGAAGAUUCCAAAGAAAAGCAAAGUGGGCAUCCUCCCCUUUGUCACAGCUUUUGAAGAGUUCGCAGAGCUCGCUGAGACCAUCUUCCGAAACGCAGAGCGCAGAGGCGACCUGGAUAAGGCUUAUGUCAAGCUGAUCAAGGCUGUCUUUGUGAACGUGGAAAAGGUGGCAAAUGAAAGCCAGAAGACCCCGCGGGAUGUCGUGAUGAUGGAGAAUUUCCACCACAUUUUUUCCACUCUGUCCCGCCUGAAGAUCUCCUGCUUGGAUGCAGAGAAACGAGAGGCCAAGCACAAAUACACGGACCACCUGCAGUCCUAUGUGAUCUACUCAUUGGGCCAGCCUCUGGAAAAACUCAACCACUUCUUUGAGGGGGUUGAAGCCCGCGUUGCUCAGGGUGUCCGUGAGGAGGAGGUGAGCUACCAGCUGGCUUUCAACAAGCAGGAGCUGCGCAAAGUCAUCAAAGAGUACCCUGGCAAAGAGGUGAAGAAGGGGCUGGAUAACCUUUACAAGAAGGUGGAUAAACAUCUAUGUGAAGAAGAAAGUUUACUUCAGGUGGUGUGGCAUUCCAUGCAAGAUGAGUUCAUCCGUCAGUACAAGCACUUUGAGGAUUUGAUCGGCAGAUGCUACCCUGGAUCUGGGAUCACCAUGGAAUUCACCAUCCAGGAUGUGCUGGAGUACUUCUCCAGCAUUGCUCAGUCGCAUUAGUUUUGCUGCUGUCCUUCAAUGAGUCACUACUGCCACUUGCUGGCUGCAAAUAAAACAGCAACUUAUGAACAUUUCAUUGUGUCUUCAAAAAAAAGGGGGAUUGUAGACUGAAGUGUGUUGCAGAUGCUGCAUCCUCAUCUGUGUGCCUGUUUUCUCCACGUUUAAAAGCUUCUGCUACACUUAAAAAUGUUUGUCCCGUGUCUGUAUAUCACAUGUACAUAAUAAAUUUUACAAAAGAA